AUGUACGAGUAUCAAGACGGACCAGAAUUUCCAAAAUUUCUGGACAAUAACGACCAAUUGGGACAUUUCAGGCAACGGUUUUACAUAAAACAGGGUACGAUCUACAUGUGCGGCAACUCUCUCGGACUUGCCUGUAAAGAUGCUGAAGAAACUCUUUAUGAAGUUCUAAAUAAAUGGAAAGACGAAGGCAUCAAGAUGUGGAACGUCGAUCAGGGAAAAUACUUCUUGUACUCCGAAUUCUUGGCUGACAUCAUGGCACCCUUAGUCGGAGCAGAUCCUGACGAAAUCAGUAUAACAGGUUGCACCACCAUUAAUAUACACCAGACGAUCAGCACUUUCUACAAGCCGACCGCAGAAAAAUACAAGAUUUUGGUUGACGAUAUUAAUUUCCCGACGGAUCGAUACGCUGUUGAUGGUCAAAUAAGACUAAAGGGACUCAACCCAAGAGACGCGGUUAAACUGGUCAAAAGUCGUGAUGGAAAAUUCAUGUCCGAGGAUGACAUUAUUGAAGCAAUGACUGAAGAUGUGGCCAUCAUUUUACUGCCUGCAGUUUAUUACAGAAGCGCUCAGAUAUUAGACAUGACUAAAAUCACUAAAGCUGCCAAAGAACGAAACAUCUUUAUUGGGUGGGACUUUUGUCACGCAAUCGGAGCUAUUGAGAUAGAUUUAAAGGCUUUAGACGCAGAUUUCGCUAUUUGGUGCACUUAUAAGUACUUGAAUGGUGGUCCCGGCUCGUCGGCAGCUCUGUACAUUAAUAGGAAACAUUUCAAAUUACUCCCAGGGCUAACUGGAUGGUACGGGAACAAACCACACACGCAGUUUCAACUCAAUCAGGAAUUUGAUCACCAGCAAAAUGCUAGCGGAUGGCAGAUCGGGACUCCCACAAUAUUUUCAAUGGCAACUUUAGAAGGAUCCUUAAGAAUAUUUAAAGAAGCAGGCAUAAGCAAUAUUAGAAAGAAAUCGCUGCAUAUAACUGGUUAUUUGAUGUAUUUGAUCGAGAAUAGAUUAUCUGAAUACGGUUUUUCCGUCGGUAAUGUGAAAGAAGACGCCAAAAGGGGUGGGCACGUUUGCUUAGAGCACGAUGACGCGUACAGAAUAAGCAUUGCCCUAAAACAAAGAGGCGUGGUACAGGAUUUUAGGGAACCGAACGUAAUACGUUUGACGCCGGCGGCUCUGUACACCACUUAUCAAGACGUUUAUGAUUUGGUCAACAUUCUAUUGGAUAUCGUUAAAACAGAGAGCCAUAAGAAGAUCAGCGAGAAAAGAAACUUUGUAGUCUAA